AUGUUCAGCACGACAUCAUCACUUAAUAAGCACAGACGAUUUUGUGAAGGGAAGAAUCACUUUGCUGCUGGAGGGUUAUUUGGUCAAGGAAUUUCACUUCCAGGGGCUCCAUCUUUGGAUAAGGCUUCUAUGAUCAAUAUGAACCAUGCAAACACAGGGCUUGCUGAUUACUUUGGUGCUAGCCGGCAUACUGCUGGCCUUACAUUUCCUACAGCUCCUGGAUUCUCUUUUGGUUUCCCUGGUCUUUUCCCCUCAGGUCUAUAUCAUAGGCCUCCUCUAAUCCCUGCCAGCUCCCCCAUUAAAGGACUUCCCAGUGUUGACCAGAUAAACAAGAGUCCCCAUAUGAACAGACCUCAGAUCUUGCCGGCAACACAGGACAUUUUGAAAGCACUGAGUAAGCACCCAUCUCUGUGUGAUUCAAAAUCCACAGAAUACUUAGCAGACAAUAAUGCUGAGCAACGGCCGCAUGACAAAACUAGCGACCAAUCAGAAAGCAGUGACCUUGAUGAUGUCAGCACUCCAAGUGGCAGUGACUUGGAGACCACUUCCGGCUCUGAUCUUGAAAGUGAUGUUGAAAGUGACAAGGAAAAAAUCAAAGAAAAUGGCAAAAUAUAUAAAGAGAAACUGAGCCCACUGCAGAAUCUUGCUGCGUUAAACAGCAAGAGAGAAUACAACAGUCAUUCUGUUUUCUCACCAUGUUUAGAGGAACAGACUGCUGUGUCUGGAGCUGUGAAUGACUCCAUAAAAGCUAUUGCCUCUAUAGCUGAAAAGUAUUUUGGAUCAACAGGACUUGUAGGCCUACCAGAUAAAAAGGGUGGAUCAAUACCUUACCCAUCAAUGUUUCCGCUUCCUUUUUUUCCAGCAUUUUCCCAAUCCGUAUACCCAUUUCCAGAGAGAGAUGUAAGACCCACACCUCUUAAAGUGGAACCAGAGUCCCCAAAAGAAAUAAAGAAAGUGCAAAAGGGUAAUGCAGAGUCUCCUUUUGAUCUUACCGUGAAGCGUAAGGAGGAAAAGACGGUACCAAAUGUGCCCUCAAAGCCACUAACCCCAGUUUCUUCCAGUCCUGAUCAGCCUUUGGACUUGAGUAUGGGAAGUAGAAGUCGAGCUGUGCCAACAAAACAAGCAGACCCAUCCAGAAAGAACCAUGUAUUUGGAGACAAAAAAGAUUUUGAUGUAGCUCAAUCAAAACAUUCUGAUCACUGUUUGCAACAUGCCAGACCUGCACCUUUCUUCAUGGAUCCUAUCUACAGGGUAGAAAAAAGGAAAUUAUUAGAUCCUCUUGAAGUUCUAAAAGAAAAAUAUUUAAGGCCUACUCCUGGAUUCUUAUUCCAUCCACAGUUCCCUAUGCCUGAUCAAAGAACGUGGAUGUCAGCAAUAGAAAACAUGGCGGAAAAGCUAGAGAAUUUUAAUGUCCUUAAACCUGAGGCUAGUGAGCUUAUUCAAUCUGUUCCUUCCAUGUUUAACUUUCGAACCUCAGCAUCUGCCCUUCCAGAAAAUAUCCUUCGAAAAGGAAAAGAACGAUAUACCUGCAGGUACUGUGGGAAGAUUUUCCCAAGAUCUGCAAAUCUAACGCGGCAUCUACGGACUCACACAGGAGAACAGCCUUACCGAUGUAAAUACUGUGACCGGUCUUUCAGUAUCUCCUCCAAUCUCCAACGGCAUGUCCGCAACAUUCACAACAAGGAGAAGCCAUUCAAGUGCCACUUGUGUGAUAGAUGCUUUGGUCAGCAAACUAACCUAGAUCGACAUCUAAAGAAGCAUGAGAAUGGAAACCUCUCUGGUACAGCUGCAUCUUCCCCUCAUUCAGAGUCUGAAGGCACAGGAGCCAUUCUGGAAGACAAGGAAGAUUCUUAUUUUACAGAAAUUCGAAAUUUUAUUGGCAACAGCAGCCAAAGCAAGCAGUCACCUUUGAACUCAGAAGACAGGAUGAAUGGGAGUCAUGAUAAAAUUAUGCUGACUGGUCAGAAUUCUGAUAUCUUGGAUGAUGAUGAGAUAGAGGAUGACACUAUUCUGGAUGAAGAUGAGGAGGAGAAUGACCCUACAGAGAAAUCACUGAAGGAACCAAAUUCAAGUUUGCUUGAAAACUGCCGUGACAAUGACUUUGAGGAAGAGAGUAAGGCUGCCUUAAACUGCAAAGUCACCCCCAACAGCUGGUCCCCUUUGUUUUGCAGGUAUGAUGAUGAAGAUUUCAAAACUGGUCUGUCAGCUCUGGACCACAUACGGCACUUCACAGAUAGUCUUAAGAUGAGAAAAAUGGAUGACAGUCAAUAUAAUGAUGAUGAUCUCGCUGCUUUCACUGCUUCACAAUUGGCAGAAGAAUUAAAACAGCCACUUUAUAGAAAAUCCAAAUCCCAGGCAUAUGCUAUGAUGCUGUCAUUAUCAGACCAGGAACCACUGCAUAGCGCAACCCACAAUUCCCCUAGUAUGUGGCACAACAUGGCAAGGGCAGCUGCCGAAUCCACUGCUUUACACUCUAUUAGUCAUGUAUGA